AUGGGUCUAAAUGCUUGUGGAUCGGUGUUGGCAGCAAAGAUCGGUGCUUGUGGAUCAACGAGAAUGGGUUUUGAUGUUGGCGGCGGAGAUCAAUGCUUAUGGGAAUCUGAAUUUCCUCUGAAUGAUCUCCCGGACUGUGUAUUGAUCGAAAUUCUGAUUCUGCUGCCGUUACCAUCUGUGGUGUUACAUUGCAAGUGGGUAUCAAAACGCUGGUUUUCUCUAAUCUCGAAUCCUUAUUUUGUUCGCCGUUUUAUUGCACAACACCACCAACAAAAACAACAGGAGGAACAGCCCUUUAUGUUGCUCAACCAUUUCUUUCAUUGCCCCUCACACAAACGUCUCCACAUAGCUAAUUCUUCUAACAAACCAGAAUUGAAAUCUAUUGCUGCUUAUCUACAAAGUCAAGACAGAGUUCAUAGUCGCAAUUAUCUUACUAAUUGGCUUAGAGCUUCGUGUAAUGACUUGCUCUUAUGUUUCCAUAAGGCUAAAGAUAGAGCAGUAAUUUACUCUGUCAUGAAUCCAAUCACUAGGCAAUGUCGUGCGCUCCCUCCUGUUCCUCGUCGUUUAUUAUUGAACCAGGUUGGGAUCAUCUGCACCUAUGACUACAAUAAUAGUAGUAGUAGUUUCAGGGUGGUGCUCAUUCCUAAUUUCAGUAACAAGUUAAAGGUAUUUAAGGUACACAUAUUCUCGUCUGACUCCAGUAAAUGGAGAGAGUCAGUGGUGUUGGUUCCAGACCAGGAGGGAUUUGAAUUCUCUUAUUGUCACUUCCCGGCUGUUCCCUAUAAAGGUUUGCUUUUUUGGUGUGGUAGGGGUGGCCGUCUUCUCGGGUUUGAUCCAUACAACAACGGCAGAUAUUGUCAUUCCUUUGUGAUUGAGGGGCCUGUAGAAUUGGCCAUAUAUAUUGAUUGCUUCGGAGUGUCUCAGGGCCGCCUGAGAAUAUCUCAGAUUGCAUUUCCAGGAUCACGUUUGGAAAUUUGGGAGCUCAACGACUAUGAUAUUGAUAACAAUGGAGGCCGAGGCAAAUGGUUCUUGAAGCACGAGGUGUAUAUCAACGAAAUGGUUUCAGAAAAAUGGCUCAUAAAAUAUGUAAACCAGAAUUAUGAUGCACUCUCCGUGCUAGCUUUUCAUCCCAAUGAUGGGGAUAUCGUGUAUUUGUUGAUAAAAUCGAAGGUUGUACUAUGCAACUUGCAGAGCAGAACCAUUGAAGUCUUUUGUGACAUUCCUCAAAUCGUCCCAUAUAAUGUCUUUACGCCCCUUGCCUUAACCUUUGUGCUACCAUCUUGGCCAACUCCCAUUCCAUCUUCUCCCUUACAGAAACAAGAUGCCAUUGCUGACUGCCCCCAAUAG